AGACAUUGGGAAGUCCUCCCUUUCCGGAACCCUUUCAGCAGGAAUAAGUGAUCUCACCCGAUUGAAAGAACUCCGUAUGGGUGGAGUUAUUUUCGACAGCGUUCUUCCCCAGGAGAUUGCGAGCCUCUCGGGCCUCUCCCUUCUGGACCUUAGCAACACUAAGACUCAUGGACCGCUGCCAGACCCUCUUGACACCAUGAGUUCCCUCCGACACCUCAAUCUGAGUGGCAACGUUAUCGGAGGUUUCGUUGACCCAAUCUCCACUCUCACAACCCUCACGUACCUGGGUCUGUCGGAUGUUACUUUCUUCACCACCCCUUCAAACGACUUCUCCAGACUCAUUCAACUUGAGGCACUUGAUCUCAGCAGCAACCCGUUCCAUGCCCCCAUCCCCCAGUUCCUCCUCGAUUUCCCGCUGCUCAAGUCUCUGAAGUUGGCCAACAGUGCCUUUUAUGGUACCAUUCCUGUACCAACAGACCUCAACACUGCAUUCACACACCUUGACCUGUCGGGGAAUCUAUUCAUCGGGUCUCUUCCGGAUGGGAUUUCCAAUGUUGCUGGUGCAGUCACCAUUGAUAUCUCAGGCAAUGAUAUCGAGGGCUCCAUUCCUGCUUCCUUCACCACUCUAAGAAAACUGCAGAAUCUAGUUCUCGCUUCCAACCAGCUCUCUGGCGACAUUGCUCCCAUUCUCAGCCAACUCACGGACCUACGGAAGCUGGAUCUGAGUUCCAACCAGAUAUCAGGGCCGCUGCCCACCGCCCUUAGCCUUGCCACUGCCCUCUCUCACCUCGACCUCAGCAGCAACAUCUUCUCGGGAUCGCUGCCUUUGGGCUACAGCCGCCUCUCCCAACUCUCCACCCUGGGCCUGUCGUCCAACGUUCUCUCAGGCCCCAUCCCAGAGCCUAUUAUUGCCGCACUCACCAAUGCACCUCAGCUGGACACGAGUCGCAACCAGUUCUCUGGAUCCAUGCCUUCAUCGCUCUCCCUCCUCACCAAACUCACCAACCUGAAUUUGAGCUUCAACCGUCUCUCGGACUCAACCCUUUCAUCCCUCAGCACCCUUACUUCCCUUCAAACGCUAUCGCUCUCCAACAACCUUCUCACGGGUCCUGUUCCUGCAGAAGUGCUUGCACAGAUUACCGGCCUGCAAAAGCUGGACCUGAGUUACAACCAGCUAUCGGGAACUGUGCCUGCGGGCAUCACUGUCUUGGGUGUCAUCACCAGCAUUGACCUGAGCAACAACGACCUGUCCGGCCCGCUGCCAACGAGCAUCAGCGAGAUCACCACCCUCAAGUCCCUCAAUCUGGGUGGCAACGAGUUGACCGGCUCCAUACCUUCGCAAUACUCCACUCUCAACAAUCUUGUAGCGCUCAAGCUCUGCUGCAACAAAAUCAGCGGCACCCUGCCCAAAAUUCUCGGAGGGCUGUUGAAGCUGGAAACCCUUGACCUGAGCAACAACCGUUUGCAUGGAACCAUCCCCACUCAGUACACCGGCCUUGUCCGCCUCACUCUCCUCAACCUACGCAACAACCAGCUGACGGGCCGUAUACUACAGCCCAUCCCAGCAUCCCUCACCAACUACAAUCUCGAUCUCAACUAUUUCUCCUCAGGCUUCGAUUCCGCUCCUGACUGCUCCCAAGGCUCCAUCUCCUUCCGCUUCAACUGCCUUGAAACCCCUGCUGACGGCUAUGCCUGCCAAACGCCUGCCACGCCCUCUGCUGCGGAUGCAGCGGUGCAGCGGCCAGAAGUGCUCUGUGCUGCCUUCUGUGGCAUCAGUGCUGCUAAUCCCCCGUGUGGCGGGCAUGGCUCGUGCUAUGCGGCUGGGCCCAACAGAGUGCCCACGUGUGACUGUGAUUCCGGGUUUGUCAACGGGGAGUUGCCUGGAAGCUGCGUUGCUGAAGGAAGCGUGCCGGGCGACCCAAUGGACUUGGUGCCCACAGCAGCGCAGACAGCAGUCAAAGGGAAGGCGGCAGUAGCAACUGACGGUGCCAUCACGCUCACAGCCUCACAGCCCAACACAUGGGGCGCGGCGUUUUUCCAACUCCCCAUCUCGCUCUUCUCCUUCGCCCUGAAAGCCGGUGCCUGCGGCCGUCCCUUCGCCUUCACCGUCUAUUUCUCCUUCUCCAUUCUCAAACCGACCACCGCCAACGCCGCAGCACAAACCGGGGACGGUUUUGCAUUCGUGAUUGCCGCCAGUGACGCUGCGACGGGUGGCAGCAGUGGCAGCAGCGACGGCAGUGGGGGCAGUGGCAGCUUGGGGUAUGCAGGCAUGGAUGAGCGCAGCAUAGCCGUGGAGUUUGACACUUCUAAGAGCACCGAUGCCAACGACCCAGACAGCAACCACGUGGGGCUCAGUGUGAGGGGAAACACCUCUUCCAUCGCAACUGCCAAGGCGCCCUUCACUCUCAACGACGGCAACCCAAAGCACGCCUGGAUUGUCUUCGACCCCUCUCCUUCAUCCUCCUCUUCUUCCAGUUCCACUUCUCGUGCCAGCUCUAGCGCUCGGGGCACUGGGUUGCUACAAGUGUUUCUCUCAACCAGCGCAUCCCCCCAACCGAGCAAGGCAGUGCUGUCGGUGCAAGUGUCUCUGUGCCAUUACCUCAAGCCCACCGCAAAGGAGGCUUCAUUCCUCAUGGGCUUCUCUGCUUCCUGCUCUGACUCCCCGCAGCAACACUCCAUUCUCGCCUGGAACAUCAACGCAGGCCUACCGGAGCCAACCACCCUCACAGGCCAGCAGUUUGGGUUCCGGUUCAAUGAGGCGUCACUAUCACCUGUGGGGGCGAACCUCUAUUUCCGCUAUGCCAGUGGGGGCGUGCAACCUUUGGAGUCGACGACAGGAGGAGCAGGAGCAGAAGGGGGAGGAGAUGAGGAGGAGGUGUGGGUUGUGAGCCAGGCGUUCUCCUGGGCUGACCUGGGUCUGCCUUGGCCCGUUAAAAACCAGGGUCCCUGCGGCGACUGCUGGGCGUACGCGGUGGUGGGCAGCAUAGAAAUGGCCUACGGCAUUCUCUCCAACCUCACAGUCGUGCCUAUCCUCUCCGUCAUUCAGCUGCGCGACGCCCUCGGCGCCUCAUGCUCUCAAGGCAACUCGCCCUCCCAGGCCUUCCAGUACCUCAUCACCCUCAAUGAAAAAGCCAACAUUGGGCUGACGGAGGAAGGGAAGGGGGGGGUGGUGGUGAGCGGGGGUGGGGGCAAGAAAAAUGGCAGCACCGGCACAAGCCCGCUCUGUGGCAUGCCUGUCUUUGCUCAACUUGUGAAAGCGUUUGGGAUCUCCUGCGGCAAAGGCCGGACCCCCGGAACGAGCAAGCUAACGGGGGGGCCAUUCAAAGUGAACGGGUUUGAGCGCACGGCGUUCCACGGCUGGUUUGGGCUGCUGCUGGCCGUGCAGCGACAGCCCGUGGUGGUGCAUGUGCAGGCCACUGCCCCCUCCUUCCUUAACUACGAUGGGCUAUCCAAGUACGCGGACCCAGCGUGCUUCACGUACAACCUGAACCACGUGGUGCUGCUGGUGGGCUAUCGCCUCACCGGCUCAGACCCGACCUUCCCGCACAUGGCGCCGCCCUUCUGGAUCAUCCGCAACUCAUGGGGCCCGGAGUGGGGCGACGGCGGGCACAUGCGGAUGGACAUCCAGGGGGGCGACGGCGUGUGUGGGAUCAACACGCUGCCUGGGAUCUACCCGGUGGUGCCUGCCAGGGACCCCUGCAACGUCAACGGAACAACUAGGGAGGAGUUUGGUUCGUUAUUCAACCCGUGUGGCAACUUCACGUGCACUGUUGAUGGAAGCAGCAACCGCUGCGAUUGCAACGACCCGCGAUUCGUGGAGGCUCUUCAGCCUGACAACACACGCACCUGUGCUUACAAGGAUGCAUGCAGGGCAGCGGUGCGCAAUCCGUGUGCGGUGGGCACGUGUGUGAAUGAUGGCAAGGGGUCGUACUCGUGUGUUUGCCCUCCCGGCUUCAAGCAGGGCACCACCGUUGAUGGCACUUACUCCUGUGGUCCAGGCGACUCCAGCGGCAAGUACACGGUGGUGUUGGAGGGGCUCACAUGUGCCGACAUCCACCCCGUGUAUGGGCUCACUCUUGCCCAGCUAAAAGCCCAGAACCCGGACCUGAGCUGCAGUGCUCCGCUCCCUGUUGGCAUGGUGGUGAACGUGGUCCAGCCAAACGACCUUGCGCCCUGCUCCGUCUACUACACCACGUCUGAGGGUGACACAUGCGAGUCGUUAGCCGCAUACUUCUCCCUCACCGUCGGUUGCCCCGAGAAAACCGAGCCUCCCACCUGUGCAGCAGCCUUCCAGGCGCUCAACCCCGGGCUGGACUGCUCCGGCAGCAGCGGGGACCUGCUGCCCAGCCAGGCGGUGUGUGUGGAGCGGCGGGCGGAGAGCGCAGCGGCGCUGCUCAUCCCGGUGUGCUCGCAGUUCUAUCUGGUGCAGGCCGGGGAGACGUGCGACCAGAUCCGCUCCGUGCCCUCCCCGCCGCUCUCCCCAAUUGACUUCUUCCGCCUCAACCCCGGCAUCAAGUGCAGCCGCCUCGUGCCCAAGACUGACGUCGCCAGCCUCACAGGCUUCGAG